UUCCCACUGAGCUGGAGCCCACUUGUUAAAUUUUCCAGCAACCUACACAGAGCUUCUUUAGCCUUCUUCUUCUUUGGUGUGGAUUCUCUGUCUUCAUUCACCCACUUUUUUUUCCCCUCCUCUUCCUCCUGUCCUCCGCUCUGACACACAGUGACACCAUGGAAACUGGGAGCCCCAGGAAGAUCCAGUUCACCGUCCCCCUGCUGGACACCCACCUGGACCCAGAGGCAGCUGAGCAGAUCAGAAGACGCAGACCCACACCUGCUACCUUAGUGGCAUCCAGUGAUCAGUCGUCACCUGAAAUAGACGAGGAUCGUCUACCGAACCAGUUGUACAAGGCAGCUUUGUUGAACUCUCCUCGACAACGACGAAAAGGGCAAAAAGGCACGCCUACCAUGAAAGAGCUGCAGUUCUUGGUGGAGCACCACCUGUACAGGCAGCAGCAGGGAGCCGGGGAUGAGUGCUCCUCGGAGAGCUGCCUGUCGGACCGACCCAGCCCCGACUCCGCUCCCGCCGGGGAGGAGCUCCCACACGAUGACGAGGCCACGGCCGAGGCCUUCGAGAAACUGCGGUGCCAAAUGGAGGAGUUCUCCAGAGAGAGUCUAUUAGACGCCGGCGGUGGACUGGAGUGCCCCCUCUCCAAGGAGAAAGAGGCUUGUUCCAGCGUUGCCAGUGUAGCAGAUCCCUCAUCGCAACAAAACAACGCACAGCUGGACACAAAAGCGGUGGCGUGCAGCACGAGUCAGCUGGCAGAGGAGAAGACAAAGAAGUGCAGUCUUGAGAAGGAGAAGUAGAGGCGUCCUCUGCACAACCCAGUGCUGCUCCGUCUGCUCAGCCAGCCCAGCACCGUGACAGAAGAUUGUGUCUGCAGAUCCACUUUUCAGAAACAUCAGGGCAUCUAAUACUCUGCAGCCAGGCCUUAGUUACCACCUCCACAACAACAACAACAACAACCAAGGUCUCCACAUUUAUUUUGUGUCAGAUAUUCUCAAGAAAUAUUUAUUUAUAUUUCCCCCCUCGUGCACUAAACUGAAUCUUGCCUUCUGUACUUAUGAAACACUGAAAACUUAGACUAGGUGAAGAAAUAACCUUUUUCCUCACACAAUUACGAGCAUCCAUCACCACAACUGACAUGCUUACCAUCCCUUUUUAAUGUUGAAUGUCAACAAGUUUUCCACUGGAAAUGCUUUCAAGCUGUUUUCAUCAUGUUUGCCGUGACUUCAGUGAUUAUUUUUCCAUCUCAAAGCAAUAAAAUUGCCGGUACCUCAGAAGAACUGGAGCCAAAUCCAUCAUUUUAAAAAACAAUGCACAAAGCUCCAGGAAGGAUAUGCUGAGUUCAAAAAUCACACCAUUGGUUUGAGUGUCUAUGAACAUAAUUUUUCCUGCAUUAUCAGAGAUGAAACACGUUAAUCUGACGGACAGCAUAAAAUAGCUUUUUAG